GUAAGAUUAAUGGUGAUGAACAGUACAAAACAAUAACAAUCAAAUUUGUUAUUAUAAGUAUUUAUGAAAAAGAAAGAAAUAAAAGAUUCAAUCCAUAUUUAAUUGUAUUGUUGAACCGUGUUAUAGGAAAAAAAAUGAAAUUUUAUUUAGUUUAAGUCAUAAUAAUUUUAAGUGAAUAUUUUUAUUUUUUAUUACGAAUGUUCAAAGUAGUGUUUGUAUUGUUUUUUAAUUAAAUUAGGAAGAAAAACUUUCUUCUUUAGCAAUUGUGUGAGAAAAAGUUGAUACAUUUGCAAGAAUGGAUGAGUGUAAAAUAAAACUUAACAUUGAAGAGGUUAAGUCAGACCUAGUUCAAGCUAUAAAUGAAUGUUCACAACGGUGUCUAAAUCAUUCAACAAAAUGGCUUGCAGAAUUGAACUACUCGCUGAAAAAUAUUAAAGUAAAUACACACCAAGCGAAAGUUAAUCAGGAUGUAUUUAAUAACAGUGAAGAGGAUUUGUAUGUGUUGGGAAAAAGUUAUUUCGAUUUAAAAGAAUAUGACCGUGCUGCAUAUUUCACUGAACAGUGUCGUACUCCAAAAGUUCGUUUUUUGCAUCUAUAUUCUCGUUACAUGUCAGGAGAAAAGAAAAGAGUUGACAAUAUGACUGAUAUACCUCCAGAUCCUUUAAAAAAUGAAAACUUAAAGUCACUUUGCACUGAUUUGAGAAAAGACCAUAUAACUGGAAAUUUAGAUGGGUUUGGGUUGUAUUUAUUUGGUGUUACUUUAAAAAAAUUGCAACUAACGAGUGAAGCUAUUGAUGUGUUAGUUGAGUCAAUUCAUGAACAACCGAUGCAUUGGGGCACAUGGCUGGAGUUGGCUGCAUUAAUUACUGACCGAGAAAAAUUGGAAAGUCUUGUUUUACCUAAUCAUUGGAUGAAACAUUUUUUUAUAGCUCAUAUGUAUUUAGAAUUACAACUUAUAGAAGAAGGAUUGGAAUUAUAUCAUGUACUGCAAUCAGCUGGAUUUAAGAAAAAUGGUUACGUUUUAGCCCAAACAGCCAUUGCAGUACAUUACAGAAGAGAUGUGGAUAAUGCUAUUCAGACCUUUAAAUCAAUUAUUAAAGAAGAUCCUUUUUGCCUGGAUAAUAUGGACACUUACUCCAAUUUGUUAUAUGUCAAAGAACUAAAAGUUGAAUUAGCCCAUCUUGCGCAUCGAGCUACUGAAAUUGAUAAAUAUAGGUUAGAAACCUGUUGUAUAGUUGGAAAUUAUUAUAGUUUAAGAGCAGAUCACCAGAAGGCCGUUAUGUAUUUUCACAGAGCUUUAAAACUUAAUCCGCAGUAUUUGUCCGCAUGGACUUUAUUAGGUCAUGAAUUUAUGGAAAUGAAAAACACUAAUGGUGCAAUUCAUAGUUAUCGUCAAGCUAUUGAAGUGAAUAGGCGAGACUACAGAGCAUGGUAUGGAUUAGGUCAAACAUAUGAAAUAUUAAAAAUGCCUUUUUACGGUUUGUAUUAUUACAAGCAGGCACAGCUUUUACGACCUCAUGACAGUAGGAUGGUUCUUGCUUUAGGCGAAGCAUAUGAGAAACAAGAUAAAAUACAAGAUGCUUUAAAAUGUUAUUACAAAGCAUGCAAUGUUGGCGACAUUGAAGGAAUGGCAUUAAUUAAGUUAGCUACACUAUAUGAAAAAAUGGGGGAAUAUGAUCAUGCUGCUGCUGCCUAUACUGAAUUUGUUACUGAUGAAUCCAGAAAUGCAGAUCGAGCAGAACUGAGCCAUGCUUACAAGUACUUAACGCAAUAUCACUUAAAAAGAGACGAAUUAGACCAAGCAAAUCAUUAUGCGCAAAAAUGUUUACAAUUUGAGGAAACAAAAAAUGAAGCAAAAGCAUUUCUCAAAACUAUAGCACAGAAAAGAGUUAAAAUUGAAGAUAAUCCAAUGAUGGUCGAAGAUAUGAAUGAAACAGACCCUGUCGUAGAACUCAAUCAUCGUAAUGAAACUUCAAGAAAUCAGUUAUCACCCAUGAAUUUAUCAUUUACACCAAACUGAAUAUUAAUUAAAUGGUACUGUAAAAGGAUUGUAAUGAAAAAUUAACACAAUUUGAAGUUUAUUGAAGACAGUUUUAAAUUUAUACUUAAAUAUUUUUCAAUAAAACUAAACAUAAAACUUUUUCAAGUGGAAAUCAAAUUUAAAAAUAGAAUAAUUAAAUACAACGAAUAAAUUAGUCGUCAUGAAGGAGAAACAAAUGAGCUGAGAGGAUACCCCAUAAACCUGCAAGCUUGUUUAAUAAGUUUCCAGAGCAAACUUACAUGCUCCAGAAUUGAGAGGAAAUUUUGCUAUUUGCAUCAAGCUUAUUGAUUAUUUGGGUAUAGUGUAAAUAAACAUGUAUUUAUGAA